CUCAUGUGGAAAAAUUUUCUGGUACAGCAAUAUUUAUAUAACCUUAUGGCGUGUCAAACUUUCUUCCCAUGGCUUUUUUGCCAAGAAAUGGGGUUACUUACCAUUCAACGCCGCUCUCACUCUCACUAUAUUUAUGAGCAUUUGUUCCCGUAUUUUCGCAUCCCUUUUGAUCGAUCGGAGCCAUGAGGACAAAGACGUUUGUGUUGUUCCCGUCUCUUGGCGUCGGCCACCUCAACCCCAUGGUGGAGAUGGCCAAGCACCUGCGCCGCCGCGGCCUCGCCGUCGUCGUCGCGGUGAUCGACCCGCCCGACAACGACGCCACCUCGGCCGACGCGACGGCGCGCCUCGCCGCGGCCAACCCGUCCAUCACGUUCCGCCUCCUGCCGGCGCCGCCCAGCCCGGACGCCGCCGCGCACCCGGCCAGGCGCGCCCUCGACGCGCUCCGCCUGGCCAACCCCGUGCUCCGGGAGUUCCUCCGCUCGCUGCCCGACGCCGCCGACGCCCUCCUGCUCGACGCGUUCUGCGUCGACGCGCUCGACGUCGCGGCCGAGCUCGCCAUCCCCGCCUACUUCUUCUUCCCCUCCGGUGCCAGCGCCCUCGCCGCCUUGCUCCACCUCCCGUAUUACUACCCCGACGUGCCGUCGUUCAGGGAGAUGGGCAUGGCGCUCGUCCGCCUCCCCGGCAUGCCGCCGCUCCGCGCCGUCGACAUGGUGGCGACGGUGCAGGACAAGGAGAGCGACGCGACCAAGGUCCGGCUGUACCAGUUCAAGCGGAUGGCGGAGGCGAAGGGCGUGCUCGUGAACAGCUUCGAUCGGCUGGAGCCCAAGGCCCUGAACGCGCUCGCCGCCGGCGUCUGCGUUCCCGACAAGCCCACGCCGAGGGUCUACUGCAUCGGGCCACUGGUCGACGCCGCCGCCGGCAAGAACGGCGAGAGACACCCGUGCCUCGCGUGGCUGGACGCGCAGCCGCGCCAGAGUGUCGUGUUCCUCUGCUUCGGCAGCAAGGGCGCGUUCCCGGCGGCGCAGCUGAAGGACAUAGCUCGUGGGCUGGAGAACUCCGGCCACCGUUUCCUGUGGGCAGUGAGGAGCCCGCCGGAGGAGCAGAGCACAUCGCCGGAGCCUGACCUGGAGCGGCUGCUGCCGGCGGGGUUCUUGGAGAGGACGAAGCAUCGCGGCAUGGUGGUCAAGAACUGGGCGCCACAGGCGGAGGUGGUGCGGCACGAGGCGGCCGGCGCGUUCGUGACGCACUGCGGGUGGAACUCGACGCUGGAGGCGAUCAUGUCGGCGCUGCCGAUGAUUUGCUGGCCGCUUUACGCGGAGCAGGCGAUGAACAGGGUGCUCAUGGUGGAGGAGAUGAAGGUCGCCGUGGCGCUCGACGGCGGCGAGGUGGGUGGCGCGUUGGUGGCGGUGGCGGCGGAGGAGGUGGAGGCGAAGGUGAGGCUGGUGAUGGAGACCGAGGAAGGGAGGAAGCUCAGGGAGAGGGUGGUGGAGACGAGAGACAUGGCGCUGGAUGCCAUCAACGGAGGUGGGUCUUCUGAGAUUGCAUUUGAUGAGUUCAUGAGAGAUUUGGAGAAGAUGAACAGCUUGGAGAACGGAGGAGGACGCAGCUGCUGAUCAAGCAGGAUUUCACCAUGACACGAGAACUAUUAUUGAUCAUAGAAAAUAUUGAUCCAUUAAAAACAGUUGUGGCAUGGUGUUCUUUUACAGUAAAAGCAGUUGUCUUUCGGAGUUAAGCAGGUGUUUUGGCGAGGCGUUUGUAAACCCCUUGUUGGCCUAGUGGCAAUUGGUCACGCUUAGCGGUGGUCGGCUUGGUAAUAGUGUCUUCUCCAGGGUAUUGUGUGAGGAGUUGCCAACUCGUGGUGUCGGUAUGUUUGUUUUUGUUUCUCCUAGUUACAAUCUUUCCAGGGUUGUGAUAUUGUUUUUUUUUUCUGCUAUCAAUAUAAACUCCGUACUGUCUUAUGCGAGUCGUUAAAAAAAUGUAGUCGUGGUAUAUGGUGUUCUUUUUUAGGUUUAAUUGGAUCUAUGCCAUUAUAAAUUUUA